AUGAUAAAAUUAUUAUUGAAAAUAAUUUUCAUCACUUUUCUCAUCAUCAUUUAUGGCCUUUUUGUUAAUUUUGCCGAAUCCUGUCUGUAUGACAUUGUAAACUAUGGAAGUCUUUAUCCAGAUAGAGCUUUUGUAGAAGUGGGUAAAGAGCUUUCAUUUGAUUGUAAAUUGGAAAAAGAAUUUGUCGACAAUGGUACAAUUGAUAUUGCACGUGUGUUUUUCGACCAUAAUGAAAUUGCAAUCGAUACACGAUUUAUAACAAGAAUUGAUCCAUAUACAGUACGAUUAUCGAUUAAAAAUACUAGCCUUGAUGAUAUUGGUAAUUAUUCGUGUAAAUUUAACAAUACCCGUGGAGAGACUAAAUCCAUCUGCUAUAGUGAUGGUUUGAUUGGAUACAAACCAUUGAACGUUGAUAAUUUCAAAUGCAUCUAUUAUUAUCGUGAAAAAUUAUUAUGCUCAUGGACAAAACCAAAUAAUACGAUCCUAACAGUGUAUUCAUUGUAUCACUAUUAUGAAGGCAUACUAAGUGAAGAGAAACCAUGUGGACAUAAUUAUUCUGAUGAUUAUAAACAAUAUUGUUUUUGGAACAUAUCUCAUGAAGUAUCAUUACAUAAUGCUCGUUAUUAUUUAUUACUUAAAGGCGAAAAUCAGCUCGGUACGAAUGAACAAAGUUUUGAAUAUGAUCAGACUUCAAUUACACAAUUACCACCACCACGUAUGAAACCUAAAUCUGAACAAUUCGUUAAUGGCCGUUUGCAAUGGAUUCCACCGAAAAGUCUAUUAGUGGAUGAAAAAUUAAAAAAUAUGUUACAAUAUAGGAUUUCAGUCAUCGAUAUCUAUAAUAAUACGUUACGUAUGAUUGAUUAUAAUCCUCAUAAACAUGAUGGAAAAUCAAUGUCGAAUAAUGUAUCAUUAAAGAUAAAAGAUCUACGACCGUUCACUCAUUAUCGUUUCAAUAUUAGCUGUAAAAUAGAUGAUUCUCAAAAUCCAUACUGGAGUGAUAUGAUUUCUGUGGAUAUUUUAACUGAACCUAAAAUUCCUGAAACAUCGCCCCAAAUUCUAAAUCAAUCAUUCAUGAUUGAUUCGAUGGCAGAACAACGAAAAGUAGUGAUCUAUUGGCAACAGUUAGCCAAUGAAUUAAAGAAUGGACCAGAUUUUGAAUAUUUUGUCUCGUAUUCAGCUGAAAAUGAACAAGAUUGGAAAAAUCAAACGACAUUAUAUCCGAAUCUAACAUUGACAUUAAAUAAUGUUAGUUAUUUAUUUAGAAUUUAUUCGAAAAAUUCCAUCGGAUUAUCCAACAAUUAUUCGCUGUUUAUAUUGCCUGCUACAAAAAAAAUUCUUUGGAACAAUGAUAGCAAUGUACUGGCUAGCAUGAUUAAUGUUUCCAUGUUUCCCAACGGAGAUUAUGAACUUGAUUGGACAUCAAUUAAUGAUUCAUUCAUCAAAGAUUAUACUUUGUUCUGGUGUUUGGCUAUAAAUGACCAUGGUCAAUGUUUGGAUCAAAUACACUGGGAAACAAAGUAUAAGAAACAUGGCCAUUUGCGCUUACCAGAUUUACCUGAUACUCAUCAUGUAUACAAAUUCGGUAUAGCAUACAAUAGUCAUGACCAACAAACGACUGGUAUUAUAUGGGCUAAAUGUUUAGCCAAUUUGAAGACGAAGAAAAUUGAUGGCAUCAGUUUUUCUGUGUCCAAUAUAAAGGCCAGUAGCGUUGUCGUUAACUGGAAAUUAGCAUGUGAAGCUCAACGGUCAUUGAUCGAUGAAUUCGAGAUAUCAUAUUGUGGGCCACAGUCUUGUAAAUCUGAAAAUGCUGACAAAAAUGAAAAUCAAUUUACAUUAGCUCGUUUAGAACCUAAUACUAAAUACAGAAUAACCGUAGGCUUACCAUCGUUACCGAAGAAUAAUGAAAUAGAAAUCCGCACCGAAUCUGGUGUGCCGCCAUCACCAAAAGAAUUUUCCUGUGAAUUGAUUGAUGAUACAGAGUUUUUAUUGCGUUGGCGUACACCCGAAGCAGAGACUAUUAAUCAAUUUGAAUUAAAAAUGACUGGUCCAUUAUCAUUAUUCAAAGAAUUCCAGAUCAAACAAGACGAAUCAUGUCGAUUGGAAAGAACAUGUAAUUUUACCAUAAAAAAUCUGACCGGUAAAUUACGGCCAUUUUCCAAUUAUUCAUUCUAUUUGCAAGCUUGUAAUGAUAAACAUUGUUCAAAAGAAGUACAACAAGUGUAUCGAACUAAACCAUCAAAUCCGGGAAUAAUGAUUCCUCCUAUCGUAUCAUCCAUAAACGAUAAACUUCGUGUCCAUCUUAAACCACCGGUUGAACCGAAUGGUCGUAUCGAUUAUUAUCAUAUACGGAUUUAUGAACAAGAUAAAUUGAUAAUUGAUAAACGUUUUGUUGGAAAUCAACAAUAUGUUGAUGUAGAUUUUGAUUCUUGUAAACGACUGAAAGAUGGCGAUAGCAAAGAAUAUUUUCUGGCCGUUAAAGCAUCGAAUCUAUAUAAUAAUCAAUUAUUUUCCGGAAAUUAUACAGACAGGAUGCAAAUCCCAUUAUAUUGUUCACCUGUAUAUAAUCGCAUUUUAUUAUUAAUCAUUGGUUUCAUUUGCUUUAUCAUCUUUUUAUGUUUUGUUUUAUUCUGUACAUAUCGCAUGUUUAAAUCGGUCAAACAGAAGAAUGAUGAUUUCACCAUCAAUAUCGGUAUGGAAGAUCAAUCGUUUAAAGAUCAAUUUCAGACCAAAUUUGGAUCGAAUCAGAAUUAUAAUCCUAAUAAUAAUGAUAUGUUACCUGAACAAUCAACACCACAACAAUCACAAUAUCGUGAAACAAAUAUCGAUAAUGUUAGUAAUAAUAAUGUUUCCGAAUCUAGUCUAAUGGAAAGCGAUUUAACAAUGGCCAAUACAGCUACAAAUGCUAACAGUUCAAAUACUAUUAAUGAUCAGGCACCAUUAUCAUCAUCUGGCGAAGCUGAUCCAAAUCUUUUACUAAUAAAUCAUAGUAAUAAUCAUAUCAAUGAUGAUAACCAUCAAAAUAAUAAUAAUAAUAAUCGAAAUAAUUCAACAAAUUUGGCAAAAAAUUCUUAUAUAAAAUUAUCAACAAAUCAAUUCUGUUCAUCCGAUUCAGGUGUAUCGGAUAUGAAUCAUCAUGAUAAUCUGGAAUAUUUUUAUAAUCAAGAUGAUUCAUCAUUACGUGAACCAUUUUUACCAAAUUCAAAAAAAUCCACCCAAAUUAUAAACAAUGGUCAUAGACCAAUGAAUGGUGGCGGCGGCGGCGGCGGUGUUACUAAAGGUAUUGGUAGUUUUUGGUCAAAAUUAUCAUCAUCUACUGCAGCAGCAGCCGCUUCAUUAGCUACAUCAGUUUCUACUGCAGCAACAGUUUCUACACAUUCGGCGCCAAGCUCAAGUUUACCGUCACCUGAACAUAAUCAUAUUCAAAAUGGUUGUUCAUCACGAACACCCAUGUUGUCACAACAACAACAAUCACAAAAUCAACAGCAAUUAUUAUCAUCACCUUUGCCGGUGACCACCACAAAUAUUAACAACAAUAACAUAAAUAAUAGCAGCAUAACAAAGCCAGCAUACGUCAUGAUACCAAGCUCAAAUUCACCAAAAUGUUUACCACCAUCACAUACAACACAUUUACCUAAAUCAUAUAAUCUGAAUCAAGUUUAAACCAUCGGUUCCUCCACACACACAUCUUAUCCGGUAAAUUAUUGUCGGCAUUCAAACGGGUUUUAUCUACAAAUUGACAAAACAAAAUACCAAAUCAACCAAACUGUGAUGUAUUGACAAAUUUUUAUUUCUUUUUCAAAUUCUUCAUGAAUCUGGAGUUCAGAUUAUUUUCAUAUGUUUGAAUUUGAAAUUGAAAUUAUUUGUCGAUACCCCUUUCUUACUCCCUUUUUCGCCUAUGCAUCCAUCAUUAUCAUCAUCAUCAUUAGCAUUAGCAUUAAUAUAUCCUUUUUAUUUUUUGGGUCAUGUAUGUGUAUCUGUGUUCACUUCUUAUUGAAGAAAAACAAAAAAAAAAAAAAAAAAAAUUGUCAUCACUAAAUGUGCAAAAUAUUCAAAUUCUGGUCGUUUAUUUUUGAAUUCAAAACAAUCUCAACCGAGUUGGCCAAUUUUUAAUCUCAAUCAAUCAUCAAUCUUUUUAUUUUCUUUAUUUUUGCUUCAAUCAAUCAAUCAAUCAUGGGCAAGUCAUUCAUUCUUUUUUUUUCUUCUUCAAAUAUUGAUUUUUUUAUCCAGCUCUACACAGUUGAGCAUAAAAUCUGUUAUAAUCUCAGUUUUUGUUUUUUUUUUAUGCUCCAACAAAACAGAAAACAGAACAAAAAUAUACAUGUCACAUCUAUAUAUAUAUAUAUCAAAAAAAACUCCACUUUACCCAAAGUAUACUGAAUGCUAUCUAAUCAUUAUAAAAUGAAAAAAAAGAAGACAUAUUUUCAUGUUCAACGCUCACCAAAUUAAUCAAAAAUUUCAAAUUCAUUUGUGUCUCAAUCAUCAUCAUCAUCAUCAUCAUUAUGAUCAUUUGUGACCUGUUGCUUACAAUUCUUGAAUCAUCAUCUUGUAAGUCACCAAGUACAUCGAUACGACUCACACACACACACAUAUUCAAACUCAUUUCUACUGUAUAUUCAAUCAAUCAUCACCUUUUUUUAUAAUUUUUUUUUUAUCAUUUCAAAUUGACUUGAUUUUUUUGUUUGUUUGUUGUAAAAUUCUCUUUUUUUUUAUUACAUAUUGUCUAUAUAUAACUGAAUCAUCAUACACACACACAAACAUAUAUAUAAAAAAAACGCCUAACUAUGACUCUUAAUCCUUUUUUCCUUUUUUGCCCUUUUUCACACCUGUUAUAUUGAUCAUCAAUCAAUCAAUUAAUGAUACUCAUUGUGGACGGGGAAGGGGGAAAAAUUACAAUUCAAAAUGAAUGAAUAAAAUAUUUUAUUUUCA